AUGAGGUUCAAGAAGGUCAUAAAGCGUUUAAAGCACUUUUGCUGUUGCUGCCGUACACCUUCAAUUUCUUCAGACGAAAUAGAAGAAGCUCCUCGACUUGCUCAAAAUCCAAAUUUUGAUGGGACGGUAGACGGCAGUCUUGAUCAUGGUCGGAGUGAACACGACGAAACCGAUUUACAGGAUGUCAAUAGUAAUAUUACCAGCGAUGGGAAAUCCGACACUCAUCUACCACAUAUCCUAGAGUUUGAUUUCCAGAAUUCACCGUCCAAGUUUACGCUGGAGUUGAACAUGAAGCAUAACAACUACGCCUAUACCCAAGAAUACAGCACCCAAAAUAAACAGCAAGACCCCGAUUCAAUUUUAAAUAUCAAAAUGAUAGAGCUAGAAGCCAGCUCGCACCCGUACAGCCUAGAAGCCUCUACAGUAAAUACAAAUUCUAUCGACAAAGAGAGCCAAGAGUGUUCCAGCACAGACUUCGGUAUCCCUGAACUAUCGACUAGUGAUAGUAUACAAAAUAGCCGGUGCACGUGCAAUCUGACCAAUUCUGAAGAUGUCCUUACAAUCAUUCUUGAAAGGCUUGAGCAAAUUGAAAAAACUCAAAGGGACUUCACUUCAAAACUCUAUCUUCGGAGUUCUAAUUUUCAUUUGACAUCUGGACUCUCAGUAGUUGAAAAGUGUGAGGUUCCUUUUCAAUCAGACACGGAAACAUCAGCAUUAGUUUGUUACACAGGAUAUGAGAUUCUACCCGACAAGAACUUAAGAUUGGAUAUCACAGACGCCGAAUCCACAGUUUCUCUUCAGGGAACAGCUGUGGGCCAAGGGUCCCUAGCUACCUGCACUCGAACCGAUAAGCCUCGAACCGACCCCUCCCAAGCCAAUAUCCCAAGUGCAUUCGAAUUUGAACAUAAAGCUCCAGCUUUGAUAACCCCAAUACCACUAGAGUACGAGCAAUCAAAGUCUACUCAAAUGAAAUCAUUCAAGGCCCCACCAUCCCAAGAAAGGGUAAAAUCCGGCACAUCAAAGAACGUAAACUACCCUCGAACAAAGCCUAGAUGGAAAAAUUCUAGAGACCCAAACCUACGACGUCCAAGGCCUAGAGGCCCGCCGAGGCCAAUAAUUGGAGGUGCCCCAAAACCGUUUUUCCGGGCAUGCUGCAUACCUAAGUCCUAA